AUGUCCGUGAAGAGGCCAAGGGCUGCGUUCGAGGCAGAUGUCCAGGCGAAGCAGUCGCCAUUCGUCCUUUUCGGAACACCCCUCCCGCCCCUCGACCCCGACGUCCGCGACGAUGGAUCCUACGUUCCAGUCUGGAAGCAGGAGGUGAGGGACGAGCGCGGCCGCAAACGGCUUCACGGCGCCUUUACGGGCGGAUUUAGCGCAGGAUAUUUCAACACCGUUGGGUCGAAAGAAGGAUGGACGCCGGCAACUUUUGUGUCCUCACGGACCAACCGUCGCAAGGACGACCCCAAGGCCGCCCAGCAACGACCCGAAGACUUUAUGGAUGACGAAGAUUUUGCCGAUGCCGAAGAGUCACGGAAGCUGCAGACAGCACCAGACUUUGCUGCGUUCGGCUCGACCGAGCAUGAGGUUGGGCGAUCUAGCGGACUUGCUGACUUGUUCCGGAUCGAGGGCGAAACCAUGGGCACUAAGCUCCUCAAAAGAAUGGGCUGGAAGGAGGGUCAGGGCAUCGGGCCCAAGAUCUGUCGAAAAGCCCGGCUGGAGGUAGGCCCAGGCACUCGGGCUGGCGGUGACCAGCAGGCAACGCACCUCUUCGCGCCCGAUAAUGUUGUCAUGAUAAGAUUUGUUCGGAAGACCGACCACAAGGGCCUCGGCUUUGCUGGAGAGACUCGCCUAGCUCCUAUGAAACCCGCAAGUGAGGAUCGCCAUUCGGACGAUGAGGACGAGGGCGAGGAUGACUUCCUUGGGCCCUCAAAGCCGUUAUCCCUUCUGGGAAAAAAGACGAAGAAACCGGAAAAGGGUCGCGGCGGGAUUGGUAUGGGCGUGCUGAACGAUACAGGCUCGGACGACGAGGACCCGUAUGAGAUUGGGCCGCGCAUAGCGUACAACAAAGUCAUCGGUGGUGACAAGAAGAAGAAAAAGAAGAAGGACGCCGUUCCAGCCACACCAGCAAACCCAUUUCUCAAGUCAAAGCCAGUUUUCUUCUCGAAAAAAAUGAGGCUGGGAGUUAAGAGGUGCCACGAUGGCCGUCCACCGCUGGACGGGUUUGUUCUCCCGCAACAACCAGAUCCUCUGGUGUCUGACAUGUACAGCAGCGGAAAGUAUCCCCCACCUCAGGUGCCGCCCGACUGGAGGCCAUCGCGGCAGUCGGCGUCUGCACAAGCCGAGUCGGUGGCCUAUGUGUCAACCGCCGACGCAGCGAAAUCCUCCAAACUAGAUCCCAAAUCUCGGGCGACACUGCUGGGAGAGAAGCAGUUACCCGGAAAGUCGGUUUUCGACUUCCUGUCUGCUUCUGCGAGAGAUCGGUUGGUCAAUGCGACGGGAAAUACGAACCUUCCCCAGGCCAAAGGAGAGAUACCGGCAGCCUACGCGAUGUCUGCGCAAGAGAAGCUGGCGGAGUUGCUCAAGGACGUCCCGCCACUGGACAAGGCCACAGCAGCGGCAGCUAUCGCCCGUGGGGCUAGCGGGGGCGCCCCCUAUGCGGACAACGAAGCCAAACGGUCCAGAUACCGGGCCUACCUGGAGUAUCAGGCUGGAUUCAUAUCUGCUCUGCCCCCUAAGCCGGCCAGCAUGAGCAAUGAUGACUGGCUCCGAGAGUUCCACGAAUUCUUCAACUGCGCACGGAUUUUCAAACCCAUGUCUGGAUUUAUGGCGUCAAGAUUCACACCUUCAUCUUCCUCCACGGCACCAUCCUCAGACAGGACUGGAGGCGCAACUGCCGAGGGCGCGUUGGUCUCCAGGCCACCGCCGAAGCCCUUAGACCCGGCCGAAGAGGCCGCUAAGAUGGGGAUGUUUGGACCGCUGACGAGAUCCUCACACGACUUCUACCCGGCGCGUCUCCUCUGCAAGCGGUUCAAUGUGAAACCCCCAGUCGUGGUUCAGACAGAUGCGGACGUGGAAGCCAACACAGUCCCCCAGCGGCCAUCCAAGGCGGAUUUAUAUGACUGCGAUGCACCUUCUCGCGGCCCAGGUCCCCAAAGUGGGCACGGCAAUGGUGGAAGCCACGAAGGCCGGGCCGUUCCUGAGGAGGCCCGCGCGCCAGACGUCAAAGUCUCGUCUGAAUCUAGUGGCACCGCGGCCGCGGUGGAUCCAACAAGGAAUGCAGCUCUUGAGAAGGCCAGAGCAAGAGAAGAGGUUUUUAAGGCCGUUUUUGGGGAUAGUAGUGAUGGGGAGGAAUAA